GCGCAGUUCAACUGCGGCCACGGCUUCAUAAUGUGCUCUGUGAUUGUCUAGACGAUAUCAAUAACAUGACCCGAAAAACGUGUAUUCGGUUCCACUACUCUGCUCGGGAUAAUUCUAUGCUGUGGAGACAUUUAAUAAAUGGACUCUAACGGACAGCUGAACUUCAAUUCAUCGUUUCCCUCCUCUGCCCGGUGUCAAGCGAAUGGCAAACGUGAAAGUCGCGAUCCGAGUCCGUCCGCUGAACUCCAGGGAGAGUCUGGAUGGAGGACGGUUAGCUGUACAAGUGAAGGACAAAUUGGUGAAGGUCCGAAAUUUGAAGUUGGAGGGACGUUUGGACGGGCGAUCGGAGGGACUGGCUGACUCCAGGGAGAAGUUGAUGGAGUUUGGGUUUGAUUACUGCUACUGGUCUGUGGAUCCAGCGGCUCCCAACUAUGCAUCACAAGAGGAGGUGUUUCAGGACCUGGGUGUGUGUGUCCUGUCUGGGGCUUCAGAGGGGUAUAACGUGUGUCUGUUUGCGUACGGACAGACGGGCUCAGGGAAAACGUACACCAUGAUGGGUACUCCGGACUCCAUUGGGCUGACACCAAGGAUCUGUCAAGGUCUUUUUAGGUCUGAAGUUGAAUCAUCUGAUGGACAGAGUUGUAGAGUUGAAAUAAGUUUUUUAGAGAUUUAUAAUGAGCGUGUCCGCGAUCUGCUGAGAGGUGCGGAGCAGAAGAAGCCGGCACCCCUGAGGGUUCGAGAACACCCAGAGAAGGGGCCCUACGUGCAGGGUCUUUCUCAGCAUGUAGUGACUGACUACAAGCAAGCAGUGGAUCUGCUUGAGGAGGGCAUCGCUAACCGCAUCACAGCCGCUACACACGUUCAUGACGCUAGUAGUCGAUCUCAUGCCAUCUUUACUAUUCAAUACACACAGGCUAUUCUAGAAAAUAACCUUCCUUCAGAAAUAGUGAGCAAGAUCAACUUGGUGGACUUGGCUGGCAGUGAACGAGCAGACCCUCAAUACUGCAGAGACAGAAUAACAGAAGGAGCCAACAUCAACAAAUCUCUUGUCACCCUUGGCAUUGUCAUCUCCGCUCUUGCCCAAAACUCUCAGAUGUUCAGCAGCAGUCAGAGCAUUAACAGUGUGCUCAGUGAGGGUGAAGGGAGCACCGUGGGCAGCCAGUCCAGCUCUCUGUCGGGCAGCGGGCGCAGGCACUGCUUCAUUCCCUACAGGGACUCUGUCCUCACCUGGCUUCUCAAAGACAGUCUGGGUGGCAACUCCAAAACCAUCAUGGUUGCAACUGUCUCGCCAUCCAGCAGCAGCUACAACGAGACUCUGAGCACCCUCCGCUAUGCAGCUCAUGCCAGGAACAUCGUCAACAAGCCAAGAGUCAAUGAGGACGCCAAUGUGAGGUUGAUCAGGGAACUGCGAGAGGAAAUUGAUCGUCUGAAGAGCAUGCUGCUCAACUUUGCAAUGCAGAGGAACCCCAGUCCAUCUCUCAGUGAUGAGAGAGAAGGUAGCUUGUCUGAUAUAGUCCUACAGAAUGAACUGAAGGUGGAGCAGCUGACUAAAGACUGGUCCGACAGUUGGCGUGAUAAGCGAGCUCUGUUGGAGCGCUACAGUGUGGACAUUAACCAGGACAGAGCAGGGGUUCUUAUCCGCUCGCUUCUGCCCCACCUCAUCGCUCUAGAGCCAGACGUCCUCAGCACAGGCGUCACUAUCUACCACCUUCGGGAAGGGGUGACACGAAUUGGACCUCAGGGCGACAAUCUGGAAGAGCCUCACAUAGUCUUGCCAGAAGGUUCCUCCUGCGAGAUCGGAAAUAAGAGCGGGGUGGUGACUUUGAAGCCUGUCUCCGGGAACAUCUGCAUGGUCAAUGACAAAGAAAUCACGGAGCCCUGCAGACUUGCACAAGGUGCAGUGAUUACCUUAGGAGGACUCCAUAAGUUUAGGUUCAACCAUCCUGCAGAGGCGGCUGUUCUGAGAGAGAGGCGACGGACCAGUGAAGGAGGUUUGGUCUACAGCUCUUCAGAGCUCAGCCUACCCAGUUCUGACACCAGGGUUGCUGGAGCAAGUGUUCAUGAGAGCGGCAAUGGGACAGCACCCAAACAUCGACUAGAGGAGCAGCAGUGGUACAUAGAGUGUCUAGGAGAGGAGAUUCAGAUGGAACAGAAAAGAGCGGAACGAGAUCUGGAAAGAGAGCAGGCAUGUCUCCGACAACAGUAUACUGAGAUCAAGCGGUGGAUCUUGCAAGAAAAGCUACGGCUUGCAGCCCACCAGGAACAGGGAACACUUGAGUCAGGGGUUCAGACAGAUCUCAUACUUCCUAUCGGUUUAUCAAGUCAGGGGACUGAGAAAGAAGGCAGUGCUGAAACAGUCCCACCGUCACUCUUAAUGGGUGACAGGAAAAGGGUGGUGCAGGAGGAACUGCUGAAACAUCAUGCAUUACGAAGAGCUGAGAACCGUGUGCGCCGCAAAAGGUUACAUUACCAACUGGAGAAGAUUGCACGAAAGCGCCAUUUGUUGGAGGCUAAGCGAGAGCUGCAGAGGAUGGAAAAUGAACUUCUACAAGGAGGCGAUGAAGCCUUGUGUCCAGAACUAGGGUGCUAUUCAAAGUUCAGGGGGCGUCCGAUGACUUUACGAAGGCAUUCCUUUUCUGCUGAUCUGCUGUCCCGAUUGUAUCCUCAGCACACUCCCAUUUUUAGCCAAUUCCUUAAAAGGAAUACAUCUUCUGAGUGUACAGCAUCUCAAGCUGGCUUAGCUUGUCCCACAAAAUGGGAAUCUGAUGAAUGUCUCCAAGAUCAAAAGAUCAGGCGCCGUUCAAACACAAUGCCCUCAAGAUAUGACCAAGUUUCCUCAAGUUGGGCCAGUUUCUCAGACCCUAUAAAAGAUGCAAAUUCACUUGAAGCGAAAAAAGCAAAAACUGCUUCCUCAAGGUUGUUAGUCAAGAAAAGCACAAGUGACCAAUACAAGCAUUGUCUGGAUUCAAACACCAAAAGCACUAGACAAGUAUUACCUAUAAUAAAACAGAAAACUACUGUUAAGGGAACAAAGAGUCUAUCUCAAGGUGGAAAUAAAAGUUUAGAGACCAUCCGCAAGGUUUUUUCACACUCCGUUGGCUCUGGGUUCAGGACUGCCUUGGCAAAAGUUUUCCGCAAGCCACCAUCAGGCUCGAGGGGACAUAGAAGUGUGAAAUCUGUUAACCAAGUGAUAUGUCAAUUUAAUGAGAAGUCAAACAAAAAUAAGUCUGUGAAAGACCUCGAGAAAAAGCAGGAGCAGUGCCCGAUCAAAUCAACAAUGUCUUAUGAAAGUUUGGAGCAGCUUAGCUCAUUAAAAAAUAAGCAACCAAGGCACUGGCAUAGUGCAGAAGCUCUGACGAGUACCAAGCAAUAUGGUGCAGUGCAAAAAGAAGCAGCUGGGUGGAUGAAACUAAGUGGUGAGGAGGAUCCCAACGGUUCUUCGGAUUGUGAUAGUAUUUUCUCAUUGGAUUCGCUGUCAUCAGCUUAUGCCACAGCUCUGUCUGAGCAGCUUCAGCAAGAGGAAUAUAAUUCCAGUGAAGCUGAGAGUGAAGACAGUCGGAUGUCUCAAGAUUCUCUUGUUGUGGAGACAAGUGGAAAGCAUGUAUAUGCCAGACCAGUGCUCAGGUUUAAAAAAGUUUCAAGCCACUUAGCCUCACAUCCAUCACCGUUGUCAUUCAGCUCUCAGUCAAUCGGAAAUAAAGAGGAGAUAAAAAUAUCCAAAGAUGUACCUGCAGAGGUUUUCUGGAGCCUAAAUGGUAGUCAGAAGUUGAAACCGACGAAUGGCCUUGGCUCUUGUCAAGCGUCUGAAUCUAGACCCUGUAGUGGUGCCAGUAUCAGAGAAACAGAGAAUCCUCUUGCUCUUACUGAUGCUUGGUCAUCCACUGAUGCAGCAGACAGUCCCAGAACCAUCAGGGCUUCAGGACAUUUGCUAAAACAGGAUCCACACACACAGAGCAGUAGAACCCAAGGCUCUACUAGUCUGGAUCUGUCAGACAACAUGAAUGUCUCAGAAAGCCAGAGCUCACCUCGCUCUGACUCCACUCAGGAUGAAAAUGCAACACUUGAAGAACAAAAUAACACGUCCUUUGAGAAUACUUUGUUGUUUGAUAGCAAUGAGAGUAAUUCUAGUUUUAUGGUUUUAGGGCAGGAGAUGGAUUUUAAGAAGCUGAUUACCAAUGCUGAACCAUGUAUAACUCACGCAGUGUGUGAUUCUACAGAUACCAAUCCAGAUGGGGUAGCAUACACACAUAAACUAACCACUGAAUAUGAACCACUGAAUCCCAUUGUGACUGAAGCAUUGAUGACUAGCUCUUGUUCCAAAGAUGGUGACAUCUCAACAGAUACUACAAUUUUAAAGUGCUUACCAGUUAACCUAAGUUGGAAAGAUUCACAUAUUAGUGAGGAGAACCCAUCAUUGUAUCCAAUGUACCCUGAGGAUUCUUCUCUGAAAUCAAACUUAAACCUAACAAUUGGUCAGGUUUCAACAUACAACAUUGCAGGAGAUCCAGAAGUAAAGAACUCAAAAGCAACACCGAUUCUAAAUGAACCACUCAUCAAUGCAAGCAAAACCAUGGAUGAUGAUGAUGAAAAUAAUUGUUUCUACACAAAACAGUGCACUGAAAUGGCUUGCAUAAAAGAUACCAAAAAUUAUGCCUUGACAAUCGAACAAUCAGAAAAGCAUGAUGAAGAAGUUAAUAGUUUUGGCAGAGAUGGUGAACGCUUUCGUGUCCAGUUGGGGAAUGAGUCAGUCACUGGAACAAGCUUUGUGGGAAAUAUGAAGCUAUCAAAGAAAAGUGAUGAUGUUUCAGACACUAAGACAACACUCUUAAAUAUGAAUCAGGAACAGUCUAUUUGUUCAACUAUCAACAGUGAAUCAGUAAAUGUAUUGGUUUUGGAAAACUUGCUCACUAAGAUGGAAAACUCUGAUCAAGAGCUUAAAGAGAAGGAAAUGGAAAGUGCCUUACCAACUAGUGAGGUUCACAAGGAUUUAAUCAGCAAAGAUCACAUCAAUAUUUUUAGAAAUGACAGCAGUACAUUGGAUCGUGGAUUGACACCGACAAAUUGUGAUAGCCUGAAAUCCUCUAGGAGUCCUGAGAUUAAAAACAUUAAUGAGAACUGUAAAGAGGAUGCAAUUCAGAUUUUGGAGAGAAAGACAUUCAAUAACAGAUAUUUUCAAAUGAGCAACUCUGCAAUUAAUGAUAAAAUAUCAGAGGUGGUGAAAGAACACUUUAAUUUGUCUCUGAGAGAAGGCUGUGGUGAAGAUCACGAGUUGGACUCAAAGAAAGAAGACGCUUCUUUUGUUAAACUGGAUGAUUUCAAGUCCAAGACAAACAACUAUGAAUUUGAUUACAAAAGUACUCAGGAUGGACAUGGUGAAAAUAGUAAUUCCCUGCAUUUCUCACGUAUGGCAAAAUCAGACAAUUAUACGGACAACACUGUGAACUUGGAGAAUGGGACAGAAUCAAGACAUUCUUUGACUAUGAGUAGGACGUCUAACGGCACGGAAGAGUUUAUUGCAAGGAAGACAGAGAGAAAAGUAGAACAAGAAAGUCCAAAAUGUGGAUAUAUUAACGAAAACGUGGAGACCGUACCAUAUUGUGCUAUAGCGGCACAGAGCACAGAUAGAGUAAAUUCAAGUGAAUCAGUGUUGUCUUGUGCUAAGGAAACUAUUAUUGGGUUGAAUACAUCAAGAGAGAACAUUAUUGUAUGCACCCAACUAAGAAAGUACAUUGAUGCUUCAACCCCUGUUCAAAAGCCACCCUGCAUGUAUUCACAAGCUACUCCAUCUCUUAAGCUGACAACUGGGUUAGAAAAAGUCCAGAAAGAUCAUCAGUCCACAUACCUGAAUGCACAGAUUGUCAGCAAUGAAACAAAACAAGAUGAAAAUGUGACGAUCUCAAUGGAAAUGCACAAACUUGAUGACAAACCACUGACACAUGGACAUUCAAGACUUUUGAAUGAAACCAAAUGUUCACUGAGUGAAAACUGUUUUGUGAAGGACUCAACUCCUGUAAUGUCCAGUCAAUGCAACAUUCCUCAGGUGUCAUUACCCACCGAAGCAACAGUAAAACAUCCAGUCUUAGGUUUACUCUCUGAAGAGACAGAUAGUGAUAUGGCUAACACAUGUCAACAAACCAUGGAAGACAGUGCUAUAACGUUACCCAAUUCAGAGGUAAAAACUAACAAAACACGUUCAUAUAAUUGUACAACAUUGAGUAUGGAACAUGACCAUUCAGCAGUGGACGAGAAUUACCCUGCUCCUGAAGCCCGGCCUUUAAGCAAGCUAGCGUUUUAUGAAUUUGGUCCAGGAAACCUUGGAAAAUAUACCGGUUUUGUAAGCCAAGAUAAAAAUUGUUCUAAACAUUCCUUGGAAAACAUUACCACUGCUAUCAGUUGUAGUAGUGAUAAAGACAGAGUAAGAUCCGUGGAGCACAUACCUAACAGUUACUCUGAAGAUUUCAGAAAAGAUGCUACUAUUUCAGAUUUAUGCCAUCAGGCAUCACAAAGACCACAAAUCCACAACGGUAAUAUUGAAAAAGUCGACAAGGAUCAACAAGCAGAGAAUCAGUCCAUCUGCACAAGUAAUGAUGUGAAAUGUCUGACUACAUCUCAGCAAAACAAUAUUUACAUCAAAGGGAUUCAAUGUUUUGGUAACCAACCAAUGAAAUAUCAAGAUCCAUAUAUGCCUAAAAAUCACCAGUCAUCUUGUAAACCUGAUAAAUCGGUGGCCAACCCCUCAUCAACUGUUGAGGUGUGUCACAGCACAAAAUUGACUCCUUGCAAUCAAAAUACAAAGGAUUGUUAUAACAGAUGUAAAUCUACAGACAGAGGUAGAGGAGAAAAUUGCACAACAGCAGAUGCUACAAAAAAUUUUGUUGGCAAUGGCAAUGAUGAUAGACGGAAAGGAAAACAAAAGCGAAGCAGAAGGGCCCACUUCAUGGCACCUCCAAGUUCAUCCACUGAUUCUACACCUGAUUUAUCCUCAGAUGAGUAUUGUGUUUCUCAUACCAAACCGUCUUCACGUGCAAACCUGCUUGCUGGCAGACGCAAUGUAACGCCUCCACAUAACGAAAGCAUUCCUUUACCUUCAAGAAUUAGUCCAAGAUUAUUAGAAGCUCAACCAAAAGAGAGAGAUACCCAGCAGCCUAACACAGGAAUUACACCCUCUGUGUUUGGAGUUUCCUUACGUGGGGAAGCAGAGAUUGAGACAAUUGCAUGUCAACAAGAGCUUGGUUCCACUGAAGAAAUGCAAAAGACAGAGAUGAAUUAUUCAAAGGUCGAUGAAGACAUUACUUUCAGGGUAAAUGCUUUUGAGAAGACACAAACCCAGACAAGGGAUUCUGCAAUGCAUUUUGCAUCAAGUGAUAUUAACCCAUUUAUUCAUACAAGAACUACAUUAGGGGUGAAAACAGCAGUCCCCAAAAAGCAGGUCUUUGGAAGUGCUGCUAGUAUUUCUUGCCAACACUCUCCACUUAAUAGUUCCAACAAGAAUAUGACCAGGUGCUGUAGUGUAGACAAUGGCCUACAUAUUCAGGACCCACCUUUCAGUUCCCAUUUGAGCACUUAUGUAAAUCAUAAAGGGCUCUCUAGCACAAUGAGUGGUAAUGGAUAUUCUAGAGAUCAAAUUUCUUCUGAGCCUCUGCUGAAAGAUGCUUAUUAUUCCUCUAGUUGUUCAAAUAAGCAGACCCUAACUGCUUUGAAAUGUGACUCUUACAGCGGUGCCUCAGAGGAGUUACGCCACAGUUCAGGUCAAGUUGAUGAAAUAGUCCUGGUCUACUCCUCUGAGUAUGAAUCACAGGACCAUCCGAGUCCAAGCAUGUGUGAUCAUGGAACACAGACCAUUGAGGUUAAUAAGGACCUUAAAAGAAAGAGCCGUCACAGAAGAAGCAGCACCUUGACACCAGUGUCCAAACCGGGGAAUAGUGCCCCAACCACAUGGGCAAGUCUACAGAACAUGUCUGAACAUCUCUCUGACCUGAUACAUAACACCUCUGAUCUUCUGGGGAACAUACAGUGUAUGCGAACAGGGGAAAGGCCACCAAAAUAUGAGUGUCCUAAACACUGUUUCCAGGUUUCUACUGUGCAUUCUGGCAGUAACCACAAGAUGGACAGUAGUACACAAACUUCAUUGGAUAUUGGGGUCCAGACAGAGAAUGCUUCUGUGUCUACGAAUGCUAAAUCCCAUGAAGUAAAUGUUAUUGUCAAAGUGAUUGGCUCAGAUAUUUGCAAUGUGUCCCAGCUAGAUGGUGAUGCAGAAAAUGAACAAGCCUUUGAAAGAAUAAAAAGCCUGCCCGAUUUACGUCCCAAAGGCUCAAAGGGAAAAGACAGUCCAAAUUUUCAGAUUCCUCCCCAAAAGGUUCUUUCAUUAGAGACUAUUGUACCGAAUCUGGAUUCCUCCACUUUGGAAGCUUUUGAAGGUGACGCCAGAGAUCGUUCUUAUAAGAAACACUCACAUAUAAAGCAAAAGGACAAUCAGACUUAUCACAGAAAUGUAGACCAGAGGACAUGCUUUAAUAAACACAUUAUGCUCAUGGAUCGUGCAUGCUCCCCUAUCCUUACAGUGAAUGCUGCAAGAAACACCCAGCAAAGACAAACAACCCAUGGUUUAGUAAACUAUAAGACAACUGAGGGACAACAUAUCGCUGAGAAACAAUGUUCAAAAGUAUACAACAUGCAAUUUAAAGGUCAUAAAAUGUCUAAACAUGAGAAUAUAGUACUAGCUCAGAAGAACCUUCACAGUAAAAAUGCAAAAACAAUAUCUCCAUCAGUAUCAUCUGUGACCUUUGAAAACCAGAGUGACCUUAGUUGUCCAAAUCUGUAUGGAUCUGACUACUCAAAUAGCGUCUUUCCCCGAAGCAAAUGUAUGCAAAAUGAGAGAAAUGAAUACUCCCGUGAAGCUGAGGACAGGGUUAACUGUUCUCCAUCUCACCCACAAAGAGUCUCCCUCUCUCCUUCAAGCAGUACCAUUGGUGUCCAACUUGCAUCAUCCUUAGUUCAAGUUAGACCAUCUAAAUUGGAAACUUCAGAAAGGCCUCAUUUGUCAGCUGUGAAAAGCCUGUUGAGUCACAGAUCAUCUGAGUAUAUAAUAAAGUGCUGGGAUCAUUCAAAUCAAAGUACCAUGCAACAGCAGGAAGAUGAUGUGAUGUCUCUGGUGCCAAGCGAUUGCAACACAGAUGUUCUGGUCAGCAUCAAUCCUCUGGCAGAGACCAGCAUGCUCAGAGAAUAUCAGUGGAUCCCUGAUGAUCUGCCCAUGCACAACAAAUUUACUAACUGGUCUGGCAUCAGUCAGCAGGCACCAACUGGACAUCACUCCACAAGGUUCAGUCCCAGUCACCGCCAGCCAAUGGAGUCACAAAGCCCUAUUUCUGUCUAUAAACCAGAGUCAUCCGAGAAAGCGGAUAGGAGAACACAAGAAAUUGAGAAGCUGAGGAAAGAACGUGAACAGGUUUUAGCAUCUGUACAUCUGGAUCUGAGCCCUCCUCAGCUGACUGUUGAACUCACAGAGGCCAGGCUGCACUAUGGCCAAGGGGAAACCGACACUCUGCUUAAAAUGCUCAAGUCUGGUUCUAAAGAAGUAUCUUCAGCCUGUAACAAACAGGAGCUUCUUAACAGGCAUAGGAAGAGCAUUGACAGUUUGAGAAAAGAGAGAGAAGCCCGUCUCCAGAUGUCUCGUCGUGCUCGGAGUCUCAGUCCCAGUAAGCAUCGGAUCCCUAUAAAUAAUAUGAAGGAGCAAACUCAAAGAAUUUCAGACCUGCCUAGCAGACGUCAGGAAUAUCUGCAGCAGCUCAGACAAGAGAUUGUCGAAACCAGCAGAGUUCCUGAUCCACCAAGGCGGGAGGGUCAGUGUCCAUCUGAUAUUGAGCUUCUAUUGCGUGACUACAGCCGAGCCCGCGAGGAGGCAAGAGUCGAGAUUGCCCGUGCACGAGAUCGACUCCGUGAGAGGGCCGAACAGGAGAAGAGACGAAUACAGCAACAAGCUCUCUCGCAGGCAGUCAAGGAUGACCUGCUGUUUCGUACACGCAUUAGUAACAGUACGUUAUGUAGUGGUUCAAACCUGAGUCUUUCCUCAGGGCCCACUUCAGGGUAUAACAGCAGCAAUGCUGCCAUACUCAAAGACAUUACCUCACCAUUAAUACAGGUAAAUGGAGCCUCAGAAUUCAAAGCAAGGACUCGACCUCCUGUGAUCCCGUUGCAGACUUCAAAAGCUCAGCGUAGAUGGCUGUCAGUCCAGGAUGUCAGCCUGCAGACAUCGGUCACUGGAUAUGAACCUGAGUCUUCCUCUAUUCCAUCACCUCCUCCCCGUGCUCGACAACGCACUCUCUCCUUUGGCUCUCCCUCGUCUAUAUCAGCUUCAUAUCAGGAUAUCGCAGACUGCACUCUUGCCAGUGCUAUCUCUGAAGUAUAUCUGGCCUCUGGAGGUAAUGUGAGGAAUUUGCUGGCUGGGAAAGCAGCUUCUGGCUGGAGGCAUCAAGGCGUGGAGAGAGGUGUUCAAGUCUUUCACAAGGCUACUUCCAGACCCUCAGCUCAUGGGUUUCUUGGAGCAGUAGAGCUGGAGAGACCUUUGGCCAGUCUGUGGUGUAUAAUUCGAGAUCAUUCAAAGACUCACCUCUACCACGAGUCUAUUAAAUCUGCCUGGACACGACCACUGGACGAAUGCACACAACUAGUCUAUUUGUUGAUGGACAUAUCCAACUGCCAGCUUAAACAGCCGCGGGACUUCUGCUGCCUCAGUACAGAAUCUAAACAGGAUGAUAUGUGGGUGUUGGCCAUGCAGUCUGUAUUUGAGGAGACACUGCCACGUCCCAGUGUGGAUACUAUCCGUGGUGAGAUGCUACCCAGCGCGUGGAUCCUUCAACCCAGCCAGCGUAAUGGUCGAGAGGUUGUCACAGUCAUCUACUUGUUACAAGUGGAUUUGGGAAGCCCGUCCUUGGCUCCUAGACUGCUGAAUUUAGUAUCUAGGAAGCAAGCAGCUGUCAUAGCAGAGCUCGAUUCUUUCUUUUCUUUGUGACAAAUCGGGUUACACAUGUAGCAACAAGCACUUACACUAAAAGCCUGAAGGUUUUUGCAAAGAUUUGCACCUCAUGUUUUUGCUCUAUACUUGAUUCUUUUUCACACAGCACUGAUGGUAUGAAUAUUUUGUGUAACAAAUUUAUUUUGCCACUUAAAAAAAAAUGUCUUUAUUUGUUCUGUUAUUAUGAAUCAGUUUGGGGUGCCCCCAUGUGCCAAAGUAUUGUUUAUUCUUAAAAAAAAAGAAGGUUGUAAUACUUUGAUCAAUGUAAAGACCCAAAGCUAUUUUUGUUUUCAUUUAUGUACAUAUUUAUCACGAUUAUCAUUGAUUACAUUAUACAUAGCUCGGCUUAUUGAAGGGAUAUUCAUAUCUAAACAAUCCACUGUAUUACAGUAUUCCUUUAAUGCAUUGCAUUGUCUUAAGCUACUUCAUCAGCUGAAGAGACGUGUUUUUGAAAUUAUUUCUGCAAUAUCCAGUGCCUUCCAUACACGUUAUUUUUGUGGGUAGCAUCAUUUUGUUUUUCUGUUUGUGCAAAAUUUCUGUGUAAUUGUUAACACAGAAUUUGACAAGUUCUAUAUCAGCUGAGAUAGAAUAGAUUGACUGUCAUAAAAAUGAUUGACUGCGAAGCAAUUGUUGAUAUUGAUACUUUCAGUAUUGUCAUUUUUUAUUGUGUAUGCAAAAUAUUCUUUUACGUUUCUCUGUUUAAUGAAAUGCAAUCAAAUGUUAUUAAUUUGUAAUACGAGUUGUUAUGCUCUACAGUGGCUUCAGCUAUAUACAUUAUACACACAUCUAAAUUUGCAAGACAUUACAAUUUGACAUGGUAAUCAAGAGAGCUUUUGCUCAAGCACUGUAGAAUGUAACAAGACCAGUGGUUUUAUUUGUAACAUAGACUUUUGUUGCCACU